AAACUUGUUGCUGGCUCCCUGGACGCGUUGAUCUCACACAGCGCAAAGCGCCAGGCCAGAGUGUGUUCUGUCUGUGAAUCGUUCCCAGCUGGAUUAGACCACACCAGACCUGGGAGUUGGGGGACGCACGCAACAAAACACAGAGACACUGUAAAGGAGAGUCUGCAUGGUAGUGGGAGCGCUUAUUGCGCUGACGCGAAGGGCCAGGAGCCGGUGAAGGAUGCUGUUCUGGAGCCGCUCUGGGGUGGCAGAGCGCGGGUAGUUAUAUGCCCAUUGCUCGGGACUGAGUGCGCAUAAGAGCCGACCCCUCCGGUUCCUCCGGUGCUUUUGGAUUGCCGUUGUUUGGACAUUCUAUCGCAUUGGACUUUGCGUAAAUUACUGCUUAAUCGUGGUUGGGAGUUUAAUGACCACUUAUAGGCAUUUAUAACACAAUUCCACCGCCGUUUAAAGCGAUUUUUGUUGCAAAGCUCCAAGUGGACUUUUUCCGUCUCCAACAUGGAACUCUCUGAAAACUGGACAUAUUGGAACGUUUGAGAUCGAAAAGCAGUCGUAAAGAGACAAAUAAAAUUGUUUCUUUUUCUAAAUUUCGUAUUUUUCUUAACCCUCUGUUUGGCAAGUUGAAAUUAGAUUUGUGUCGUUUUUGUCAUGAAGAAUUGCGCACAGAUAACUCUGGAAUACGACAAGUCUCGAGACUGAUAAAGAAGAUUGUGCUCGUUUUCCUAAUAUACUGACAUAAUAAAAAACAAAAGGGGACAGAUACGCACAAGAAAACUGACAUUUUACGCGCGCCCUUGGACACAGAAUUUUUCUUCGGAGUGGCGUCGGAGAAGUUGGAAAAACAAUUUAAUAAGAACAAUGAGAAUUGAUUUGACGGAUAAACAGACCGUGUGCCUAUGCCUUGCGAGGUAGCUGUCAUGUUGGAUUGAUAAUAGGGGAGUAUGUUUGGGCUGGAACAGUUCGGAUCCAAGAUUAAUAGCAGAAACCCUGGCCUGUCAGAGAGAAACAUAAACCAACCAAGACUGAACAUGGGUUCACAUUAUAAAAGCCCCAGUUUUCACACUGGUGGCCCUCCCGGAUCGGUGGAAGCUGGCAUGGGCCCUUUAAAUGAGCCGCCGAUGCUCGGGCUCAACAUGAACAUGAACGGAGAGCAGUACGGAGGCUUUCACUCACGGGGACACGCUGACAUGCAUGCGGGCAGUGGACUUCAGCAGCAGCAAGGACCCAUGCAUGGAUUUUUUAACAACCAACCUCAUCAAGGACAUCCACACGGCCACCAACCGCACCCCCACCAACACCACCCUCAUUUUAGUGGGAAUUUCGGGGGGCCAGAGUCAGGGUCCUCCUGUCUGCAUGGUGGCAGGCUAAUGGGCUACAACAACAAUGGCAUGGGACCACAGCAGGGCUUUGGAGAGGGGUUUGAUCCCCUCGCCGAGGGCCAGGCCGGCGACGGCUUCCCGCCGCAGCAGCAGAGGUCCAACAACAUGCCUGACUUCCAACACCACGGCCCUCCAAGUGGGAACCACGCCGUACCGGCCCCCUGUUUACCCCUGGACCAGUCCCCCAACAGGGCUGCCUCCUUCCACGGCCUCCCCUCCUCCUCCUCCUCCUCCUCCGAGUCCCACAGCCUGGAGCCGCGACGAAUGCCCACCCAGAGCACCGUGGAGGGUCUCGAGUACAACUUCCCCAACGAGCCGCCGUCCGGACAUUUCGACGUCCCCGUCUUCUCCCCGUCCGAUUCCGAGUCCCACUUUGGGCCCGGGCGGCCGGUGGUGGGCGGAAACUUCCCCGGGAACCCUGGAAUGCCCCGGACCCCGGGUAUGCAGGGGGGCAUCUCCAAGGGCCACCAGCCCCCUCCUCUGUCCCAGCAGCCUCAGCCGCCGCCGCAGCACGGAGUGUUCUUCGAGCGCUUCGGAAACGGCCGGAAGGUUCCGGUGGGAAUGGAGCCUGGCGUUAAUGCCAGACAUCCCCUACUGCAGCAGCAGCAGCAGCAGCAGCAGCAACAACAACAACAGGCGGGCUUGAUUGCCAGACAGAACUCAUGCCCUCCUGGACUCCCCCGGGCCCCCCACCCCCACCCGGAGCCCGGCUCCUCAAACCCCAACAUUCUGGACGGCGGGGUCAUGAUGCCCGGCCAACACAACCAGUUUGAAUAUCCGAUUCACAGACUGGAAAAUAGGGGCCUGCAUCCCUACGGGGACCCCAUGUUUAAUAUGCAACAGCCGGCCCCCCCACCUCCCUCCCAGCAGCCCCCCAAUCAGAGGCUGCAACACUUUGACUCUCCUUAUAUAAACAUGGCCAAGAGGCCCAGGUUUGAGUUCCCCAACGCGCAUGGCGGCGGUGAAGGGUGGGGUGGCGGUAUAGAGAACCACCUCUCCCCCUCGGCCUACCCGGGUCUACCCGGGGAGUUCACCCCCCCUGUGAGCGAAGGCUUCCCCCCGGGGCCGCUGCAGCACGCGGGGCCCGACCAGCAGUCCCUGCAGCAGCGGCAGAACGCGGCCAUGAUGAUCAAGCAGAUGGCCUCUCGGAACCAGCAGCAGAGGAUGAGGCAGCCCAGCCUGCAGCAGCUGGGCCACCACGGCGAGGUCCCCCCGGGCCCCAUGGUCCACGGCGGCGGCCCCCCCGUGGGCAGCAUGCCCCAGCCCGGCUUCGACCGGGAGAACGGCGGCCGGAUGCCCAACUUCGACGGGCAGAACCCUCACGUCUCCCAGGAGAACGCCUGGUUCUCGGGGCCCCACCAGCCGGGGGAGAUGAUGUCCCGGCGCAUGGGCGGAGCCAGCAACGAGGCCGGCGGCCACGACAUCGGGCUGCAGCAGAACGGGGCGGGGAUGAUGUUCCGGCCGGGGAUGGGCAUGCAGGAGCCCAUGAGGCUACCCGGGGACGGCCACGCGCCGCCCCUCCACUCCCCGGGCAUGCACCCCCAGUUCGGCGGCAACAUGGGCAACCUCUCGCAGAUGCAGUCUCCGGGCGUGGGACACCCCAACGCACCGGAGAGGAGGCCGGGAGCCGACUUCCCGGCGCCUCCUAUGGGAGCACAACCGACGUUCCCCUAUGGCGGGGGCAACCGUCAGGGGGCGGCUCACAGCAAUCCCCAGGGGGUGAACACCUCUCCGGGGAGCUACCCUCCCCAAUCCGAGUUCCCCCCAGGCCAGCGGUCGUCAGUUAGUAAGCUGGGAGCUCUUUCCUUGGGGAAUUUCAGCAAAACCAGCACUAAAGACAAUGUUUUCGGCCAGAGCUGCCUGGCGGCCUUAUCCACGGCCUGCCAGAACAUGAUCGCUAGCCUAGGGGCCCCCAACCUCAACGUAACGUUCAACAAGAAGAACCAAAACGAGGGCAAGCGAAAACUGAGUCAGACGGAGCAGGACAUUAAUAGCAGCACGGCUAAUGGGACUGGCAGUGCUGCUCCUGAAUAUUUUCAGAGCGGCACUUCCCAGAACAGCCAGAUGCCUGGCACUGGGAAUAGCAACACUAAGCCUGCAAGUCAAAGCCAGACGGUGCAGGGGGAAGCCAGUGCCCUCUCCCCAAAUUACAACAUGGACGCUACCCCUUGCAUUGAGGGGAAAGCAGCAACAGGGAGUGGGAGAGGGAGAGGGAGGAGAAAAAGAGACAGUGGACACGUGAGCCCUGGAAUUUUUUUUUCCUCUGACAAUGGAAACCCUGUUGUAAGUCCAGGCCAGCAGACCCCUUCAGCUGGCGUUGGGGAGAGGGGUGGGGGCACGCCCCACGAGAAACCCCUCCAGUCCCCCUCCUGGGGCAAAGGAGGAGGCCUAAUGCUGGGGGACCAGGCGGACCUGAUGUCCUCGCUGGACAGCGGCAUACAAAGUGUCACCAAGUCCGACGGCAGCUCUCCGCGUGUGGAUUUUCCCGAUGACGUCAGCACCCACUACGGCAACGAAGACGAGGUGUCCUCCAGCUCAGACCCGGGGGGCGCCUCGGCCAACAAGCCCAGCCGCAGCCCCCUCAUGGCCUGCUCCCCCAAGCUGCAGCAGCGAGCAGGGGAGCACGGGCUGAUGAACGGACAGAAGCCCCUGGGAAUGGGUAUCAACAAUCACACUACCUCGACACCUGACAGCUACGGCCUGAGUGGCGGCGGCGGCGGCGGCGGUGGGGGUGGAGGAGGGGGCAACGGGCUGAGCCACCCGGGCACACCUGGAAUGGAGCAGGUACGCACCCCUUCCAGUACAUCUGGUCAGGAUGAGAUUCAUCCUCUGGAGAUUCUGCAGGCCCAGAUCCAACUCCAGCGCCAGCAGUUCAGUAUCUCAGAGGAUCAGCCUCUGGCUAUGAAGAAUAGUAAAAAAAAUGGUGACUGUCCCUCGCAGAAUGGAGACAGCGAGCUGGCGGGCUGCAGUCCGGAUGCUGGGAAGAGCUCAAUGGGCACUAUUGACCUUGACACCCUCAUGGCAGAACAGCACGCCACCUGGUACGUGCCCAGUGACAAGGCCAUGAUGGACGGACCAGAGGAUGACAAGGCCAUGGCACUCUGGGAAAAGAAGAGCCAGAACAACAGCAAAGAAGGUAAGCACAAUGUUAUUGUUUUUUUGUUAACAACAAUAGAAAUAUAUUAUUCCGCUUCUAUAUUUCCGCUCUUUAUCUCUUCUUCUCACUCUUCCUAUCUUUCUCCCUUUCUAACGUAAGAUUAUACAGGUGCAGGCAUCAGCUGGGCAAUUGGAUGUUUUUUCAUGAUUUCUUACAGUCUGUUCGCCGGCAAAUGCUAAUAUAAUGAGGAGAAAGGAAACUAUGGCCAUUGGCAAUCGUUCUCACCUUUUGUCCGUGAUGUGCAUCCAUCUGUUUGGUUUGUGAGACAGACACUCACUUCCAAGACACACAUAUUUAGAUGAGUGUUUGGGUUUUAAAAUUGCCAAUAAUAAUCGCAGAAUUAUGUUGGUUUUAUCCUAUUUUAAAAUAGGGCUGAAUUCUAUAUUUUUUAUUUGGCAAUAGGAGGUGUAGCAGUCUAUAAACUCUAGGCCUGGGGCUAUAGGCUAUGAGAUGAGAUGGAUUGAAAAAUAUAUAUGCAAUAAUGUAGAGCCGAAAUAUUUUUUAACCUCACUUAAAAGUUAAAUUGGGCUUUUUCUGUUUGUGUCGAUUGAAUUGACGUCACGGUCAUUUUUCUGCAGAGGAACUUAAAAACAAGAAUGAAAAGUAAACAUUUCCUGUGGUUAUUUAUCUUGGUUUUCACGGUGAACGGCUACAUGGAGAAGAUUAAUAGUUUUGUAAGGAUGUGCGUUUUGCUCAGCGGGACUUCCCUCGCCUUGUACGUGUUUGUUUUUGUGCUACAAUAGGAUAAUACAGGAGUGGUGAAAGUGGAUUGGGUUCAGAUUGACAGGACAGGAUUCUCCAGAUAAGCGCUAAAAAAAACCUUUCCCAUUCCAGUGGCCUGUUGCUUUGGCUUAGAGUAGGCUACAAUAACCUAUAAUCUCACGAGUAAUAGAUGAUGAUGAUAUUAUAAUAUUAGGCACACUCAUUUAAUGCUUAUAAUAAUAAUGCUAAUAAUCGUAAAAUAACAAUUAUAACAACUGUCGUAAUUAUUUAGUAUGCAUGACCAACAUUUGUAAAUAAGUCACUGAGGUCGAGGAUGCGUUUGGGAGAAUAAACGGUAAAAAGGGUUUUUCAAAUUGAAUUAUAAAUUCAGGAUUAGUGUAAUAAUUUACAAUGCACGUACUGUUAUUUUUUUAUUUACACGGAGGUCAAUCAAUACGUUAUAAAAAUAUUUUUCAUUUGUGUUUUAUUUUAAUUAUAACAAUAAUCAGAGGCCC